UGCGCUCCGCGGCGGCGACGGAGGACAGCCAUGAGCGGCUCCCGGCUGCUGCGCGGCCUGCCCCAGCAUCUUCCUUUCCUGGCCUCCGCGGGACUCCUGAGAAGGCCCCCCGUGGCUGCCCAGCGCCAUGCGUACAGCACCAAGGAUGACAGCUCUGUCAGACCUAUUGGGCGAUACCCAGUGCCAAAUAAGAAGGACAUGCCGUAUGAUAUCGUGGAGCUCAUGGAGGAAGUGGAAGUGAAGACUGGAUUUCUGCCCAACGUGUUCAAAGCCAUGUCUCACCGACCUGCUGAAUUCAGAGCUUUUUUUGCUUAUUACAAUGUCAUCAUGAACAAAGAGACAGGGCGACUCAGCAAAGCGGACAAGGAGCUCAUCAUUGUGGCCACAAGUGCUGUGAACAGAUGUCCCUACUGCGUGGUCGCACAUGGGGCGCUUCAUCGGAUAUAUUCCAAGCAGCCGACGCUGGCUGACCAGGUCGUGGUCAACUGGGAGCUGGCGGACCUGAGCAGCCGGGACCUGGCGAUGUUGGAGUUCGCCCUCGCAGUCUGCCGUGCAGAUAACAUCACAGAGGAGCACUUCCAGAAGCUGGAAGCGCACGGAUUUGACCGCGAAGACGCGUGGGACAUCGCCACCAUCACCGCCUUUUUUGCCAUGUCCAAUCGCAUCGCCCAUUUUGUCGAUUUGCGCCCCAACGAGGAGUUCUACAACAUGGGCCGGACGCCCCGCGAGGCGGGCAGGGACGGCGCCUGAGGCUGCCUUGCGGCACGGUUCCCUCGCGUUGUUUCGAACGUAUAUAAAAGCAACGAAUGCCGAUGGCGGUCACGA